AGCUCCGGAGCUGCAGGAGAUCAGAGAUGCGCUCCGGAGUGAGGGACAGUGAAGUGGUCAUGAGUGCCAAAAUGAACUCAGAGGCUCCUCCCACAGAGCUGGAACACUCCCUCCUGGACCCUCCCCCUGCUCCUCCUACUGUAGGGCCCUCCUCCUCUGAAACCAUCCUGCUCUGUGGCACUGACACUGUGGCCAAGAGCAAGCCCAGAGCCCAGUCCCACACCACCACCGCCCUCCUCCUCCCAGCUCCCGUACCCAGUCAUCAGAAAAUGGAGAUGACACAGGCCGUAACCCUGGGAGAUGGGACCAAGGCCACACCCCCCACCCUCACGGCUCAUGUUGGAGGAGCCUGUAGCAUCGUCCAUGUGCUGGAGUGGAAAGAAGGCAUGGCCAUUUUGCCCAGCACCAACCUCAAGUUCUGUGUGAGUGACGUAGGGACACUAAGCACAUUGAUCACUCCAGGGAGCACAGGAAGCACUAGCACCACCUCUGAGCCAGCAGCAGCAGGGACCUCUGGGAAAUCCACUGACUCAGACAAGGCCUCGGUGGAAAACAAAGAUGUGUCAACUCCUGUUGUCACUGUGAGGCCUCCAGUCGUCGAGCCAGAGAGACCGGUUCAGAACAGACCAGAGGUCCAGACCAAAACCGAGGUCCAGAACAAAACUGAGGUCCAGAACAGACCAGAGGUCCAGAUCAAAGCUGAGGCCCAGACCAAAGCCAAGGUCCAGACCAAAGCCGAGGUCCAGACCAAAGCUGAGGUUCAAAACAGACCAGAGGUUCCGACCAAAGCUGAUGUGCACACCAAAAUUGAUUCUUCAGCUAAUCCCGCAGUCCAGACCAAAGCUGAGGUCCAGAGCAAAGCCAUGGUCCAGACCAAAGUUGAAGUACCAACUAAAGCUGAGGCCCCGAAUAAACCUGCCAUCCAGAUCAAAGCUGAGGUCCCGACCGGAGUACCUCUUCAUAACCAUGUACCCAAAGCCACACAGAGGAGCUUUGGGGAUGAACUGCGCAGGGAACCAAUUACAGACAAGAGGACCAUUGUUGUGGAGAAGGUACCUGCAGGAGGGAGGGUCUCACUAAAUGCGGACCAUCUCAAACCAAUGCGGAAAAGGAAAAGAAAAGAGUACCUCAGUCCAUCUGAUGAGGACUCCGACUUAGACGGAACGGAUGAGAAAAUGGAUGACUCUAAGUCUGACUGCAGACUUAUCCGAGGAGGUGGUGACAAUAAAACAGAGCUGUGGAUGUGGGCUCAGUAUCUGGAGGAAACCAAAUCUAUCGCUGCACCCACCAAGCUAUUCCAUGAGUCUCAGAGGGUUCCCACUGUGAAAAACGGCUUCAAACAGGGUAUGAAGCUGGAAGGCAUCGACCCACAGCAUCCGUCUAUGUACUUUGUCCUGACUGUGGCUGAGGUGUGUGGGUACCGGCUCCGGCUCCAUUUUGAUGGCUACUCAGACUGCCAUGACUUCUGGGUGAAUGCUAAUUCGUCCGACAUCCACCCCACAGGCUGGUGUGAGGCCACGGGACACAAGCUGCACACUCCCAAAGGAUGUAAAGAAGAGGAGUUUACCUGGGCCAACUACUUGAAGAUGACUAAAGCACAAGUCGCUCCAAAAGAACUCUUUGCAAGUUCUGGCCGGACUGAUAUGAACUGUGGCUUCGAGGUGGGCAUGAAACUGGAGGCAGUGGAUCGCAUGAACCCGUCUCUUAUCUGUGUGGCUACUGUCACUGAUGUGGUGGACCAACGCUUCUUGGUGCACUUUGACAACUGGGAUGACACAUAUGACUACUGGUGUGACUCCAGUAGCCCAUACAUUCACCCCAUUGGCUGGUGCCAGGAGAGGAACCUCCCCCUAACCCCACCGCAAGAUUACCCAGACCAGAGCCUCUUUUCCUGGUCACGGUAUCUAGAGGAAACUGGAGCAAGAGCUGUGACCCCUGAAGCGUUUAAAAUGCGCCCUCCUCACAGUUUUCAGACUCACAUGAAGUUAGAGGCCGUGGAUAGGAGGAGUCCAGGGCUGAUACGAGUGGCCACAGUGGAGGAGGUCGACACCCACCGCAUCAAGAUCCAUUAUGAUGGCUGGAGUCACGUGUAUGAUGAGUGGAUGGACUCAGAUAACCCAGACAUCCAUCCGGCUGGCUGGUGUGAGGCGACCGGGCACCCGCUCAAAGUGCCUCCUCGAGACUCCAAAACUCCACAAGCACAUGGAGUGAGAGAACCUCCAGUGACAGGACAGUCCACGUAUCCCUCCUCUGUCCCCUGCAAACCCAUGGGCCACGCAAGAACCAGCAAAUAUAGCUUCCACAACAGGAAGUGUCCCACUCCUGGCUGUGAUGGCUCAGGGCAUGUGACUGGUCGAUUUACGGCACAUCACUGUAUUUCCGGCUGCCCAUUGGCUGAGCGUAACCAGGGGCGACUGAAGGCAGACCUGUCAGACUCAGAGGGCAAAAGAAAUCUCUUCUUUGGCCAAAGGACCAAGAAAACACACUACCGCGGCAGGAUUGGACGUCCUCCAAAAUACAGGAAGAACCAGCAAAGAGACUAUCAAGGUCUGUCGGCUGAAGACGUGUACCCCUCUCUCUUCAUGUCGGCUCUGAGUGGCCAGUCUGACCGCUCACUGUCUCUGUGCUGGGAGCAGCAUUGUAAGUUGCUGCCUGGGGUGCAGGGCAUUGAUGCCAGUCAGGUGGCAGCAUGGACCGUGGAUGAGGUUUUCAUGUUUGUCCAAAACCUCAUUGGCUGUGAGGAGCAGGCACGUCUCUUCAAAGAAGAGAUGAUUGAUGGCGAGGCCUUCCUGCUGCUGACUCAGAUGGACAUCGUGAAGAUCAUGAGCAUCAAACUGGGCCCUGCUUUGAAGAUCUCCAAUGCCAUCCUCAUGUUGAAGAGCACAGACGACGGUCUUAAGUGAACGGCCUUCCCAUCACUCUCAUCGUGUGCCAAGUCAUUCAGUGGCAGGGAACGCCCGCUGUGCUUCAUGUGUUUGGUGUCCUGUGCCCAUCAGAGAGGAGAGAGAGAAAGAGAGCAGGAGGGUCAGAGGAGCAGAGCACAGAGGAGUUCAGGUAGAGGAUAGAAGCAUGGGCUGAGAAAGAGUGUGAAAUUGCCACAUAUGAUGCACUGAAAUUCUCUUGUAUUCAAUGUGCCAAAAGGGCUUGACAAAACAGUGAUUUGACAAGGAUUCUUAAAAUAAAUUGAUCAGGUUAAAAAAACUACCUAUUAACUAGCAAACUUCUACCAUUAAUUUAAGGUGCUAUUUAAUGUCUUUAAAAAGUCUUUAAGAACUUUCUUCACAUUUGAGUCAGAGUAGAGCAGUGUUGUAACAUCUAAUAUGCCUAUUAUGAACAAGAACUAUUGGGAGGCUGACUCAGAAACAGCUAUAAUUGACAAUAUUUUCCUUUGCAGAGAGCGUAGAUGCUUCCCUUAUAAUCAGAGCUUGGAGUAAGUGAAGCUGAACUCUUCCAGGACUUUGGGUAGGAUCAGAACAGGUCAGUGCAUACUCAAGAACAGGAGCACACUAUUGUUAUGUUACACUAAUGAGAUGUUAAGACUGAGCUGUCAGUGUGAAACUUUUACAGAUGUAGUCGAUCAACACACAAGAAGUUAAGGAAGACAUAUUAUGCUUUUUCACAUACUUAGUAAUGAGCCAUAACAUGUGUAGAUCUUCAUUUUACAUUUUGUUCAUUGUAAAUCACAAUAUUGAUCUAAAAUGGCUUAAUAAUAGAUGGGACCACUGAAAAACUGCAGAUGUAAUAGGCCCCAUCUCUACAUUAAUGCCAUUUUACUAUAGCAAACAGUGGAUUUUAAUUAACAUGUUUUUUAUUGGACAAAAUGGUAAUGUGACAUUUUAAAACCCUACAUGUGUAACCCAGAUUCAAUAGAAACAGGGAUGUGGGUGAAGAUAUGGGGUAGGUGAAAACAGAGCACUCAAGCCUCAAAUGCAGAACAAUACAGGAUUACUCAAACAUACAUGACUCACUCAAAAUACAAUGCUGUGUAAGCUAAUGACGAGGGUACACCAUUACAACAUAAUUAAUAGCUAAUAAAAGUUGUUUUUGCAUAAUAUGUCUCCUUUAAAUCUAGCAUAUACAGUACAAUCUGUGCUAUCAAAUGAAUUGUGCAGUGUUUUGUAAAAGACUCUGAAAAAUUCCAUUGCGUAUUUGUUUAGAGUAGCACACAGGAGCGAUGACCCAAAGUGUUGUUUGUGACAGUACUCCCCAAAGGGUGAAGUGUCCUGCCCGAGGACAAAACAGCAUUAUGAUAUUCAGCUACCACCUAGAUCCUAGCAACUUACACUGCAAGGCUUUUAAAACAAAAAUAACUAUUAAUGGCUCUGUUUACUGCAGUGGUUCUUAAACUUUUCACUCCAAGUACCACCAAAGAAAAUAGUUGGUGGUACUUGGAAACGUGGUGGUAUCCAAGCAGGUCUAAAUUAGGACUACACAGUUCCUAUACUAGUUCUUAAAAAAGCUAAACAAGGACUAACUGAAAGGAGGACAAAAUGUGGAUUAAAGAUUACAACUGCACCGGAAUCACUGAACCACCUGGAAGUGCUAGUGGACCACCAUUUGUACACAUACCACAGUUUGAGAAACAUUGAUUUACUGCAAUUCCUCUUUAAGGUAGUAUGCAUACACUCCUGUCUGCGUCUCCAAAUUGUUGAGCUUUCUACAAACAGAUGUAUUAAUAUAUUAUACAAACUACUGGGCAUUACUAUUUAGAACUGAAAGAUCAUGGUUGGUGGGUUUGAUAAGCUUUGAGUGGCUUCUGGAAAUGUGCAAUAAACAAGCUGAAAGUGAAGUACUGAUGAAGCUAGUUCUGAAUGAGCCUGUGUCAAAUAAGCUACUUUGAUUCUUAACCCAAUCUUGAUAUGUGUCUGAAAAGGAAGUGUAACACGAAAAUCGCAUGGGAUGUGUUUUUUUCGGUUUGUUUGUUGAAUAUUUACAAGUACAGACAUGUUGCACUGGUAUCUUAGCACAAGUAUGAGCCAGACACAGAUUCCUGACUGCUUUUCUAUAUGAACAAUGUAAAAAGAGCACUUAGCAGUUUACAUGUAAAGAAAUGAGAUGUUAUUUAUUCCAGAUUGUUAAAGGGCUUCUUUGUGGUGUGUCUCUCUGGUGGGACUCGUGUGUGCGUGAGCGUGUUCAAGUAAUGUGUGUCUACAAUCAUCAACGCCAUCUCAAGUAAUAAAAC